GUUCUCAACUGCCCACUCAGCCCACUCAAAUUUUUCAUCGUCUUCUUCGCGAGAACCUUCUGAUAGAAUUCUCAAGAACCCUAAAUUCUUCAGAUCUUCUCACUCAAAUUUCUGAGAACAUGAAGAUUGUUGGCGCUAAUGUCCAUUUCCAGAAGUUGGAAGCCAAGUGCUCUUCACCAACGUUCUAUCAAUCCUAUCUGGAGAUGAUUGCUGUUCAAGAGCUCUCUGAAUUCCUUCAUAUGGAGAUUCGAUUCAAGUAUGAGAACGAAGUUCUUGAAUUCUACAAGAAUGGAAAGGUCAAGACUGUCAAAUCGAAGAAGGACCCACAGAGGACGCUUCAAAUCAUCAAUUCCACUGUCGAAGGGACCAAAGUGAAGCUUUCGCAGAAGAAAUUGGGAGAAAAGCUUCACCUUCCCAAUUCUGGAGUUGAAAUUGGGAGACUUCCAGCCAAGAAUCUGGAUUGGAAUAUUAUUGGAAUUUCUGGGCAAGUCCCCUCUGGCCCAGCGAAGAAAGCUGAUCUGAACAACGACUACAAGCUAGUCCUUGAACUGGGAACCCCCAAACAGAAGUAUUUAUGUCAAGGACUGUACCUUGGGUACAUCUUGGAGUCAAUGGGCGUUGCCUCUAAAGGCAAGAAGUAUAAUGUCAGAUAUUGGCUAUACUAUCUGUCUUCCAAAGGGGAAAACAAAGCUGGCAUUAAUGCAACUGCAGAGGAAAGUUCUUCAGACAAUGUCCUUAUCAUGAGUCUGAAAAAGUCAGUAAAGAGGAAGCAAGUGGUGUCUCCCUCUCCCAGUGCUGAAGUACCACAGAAUCUUGCUCUGGUCAAUCUUGAAGAAGAAGAAGAAAUCUCUGCCCAAGGAGAACUACAAAGGAAAAUGAAGAGGAAAAUCACCUCUCCCUCAACAUCUGGAAAUGUCAACCCAGAUGAGUUGGUGGGAAAGGAACAUGUUGAGGAAACAUCUGCCCACAACCAGAGCCCUCAACAACCUGAUGAAGAAAUUCCUCAAAGAGCUUGGAAAGUUGGAAAUUCAGCAGAACAGUUGUUGAGUUGGGACCAGCAACUGAAGAAUGAGAAGAUCAUCAAGAAAUGCUUAGGUCUGCCAGCCAACUAUUGCUGUGAGCAAAUCCUGGAUGUUGACUGGGUAUGGAAAAGGAACUAUGAAGAUUUGCAUCUGGAACACUUGGUCACCUCACCAGUUUCAGAAUUUGAGGCUGACGAUGAGGAUCCUGCCGUCUACAUGCCAAUCUUCUCAAAGGCUAUAAAAGAUCGGGUGGCUCCUACCACUAAAGCACAAGAAGAUAUGGAAACCACAGCUGAGGAUUUCCAAAUUUUCCUGGAAACCUCCCCUGCCAUUGAAACGGUUCUGACUGAAGCUGACCAGGAGAGUGCAGCCUUUACUCCACAAGAACAGACCCAAGAAGCAUCAUAAGAAGAACUCCAGCAACUUCUCCAAUCUCAAGCUUUAGAGAUUCUCACAACUCCUUGUGAGAUCUCUAAUCCUACUGAAACUGAGAUUCC